AUGGCCAUGUUAGUUUUCAUCAUGUUAGGCGCGUCACAUGACAUCAACUCCGUCCCGCUGAAAUGGCAUGAAAAGGACCCUCAAGCCGAAACAAACCCGGGGAAAACUCCGCCUCAGCAGCCAGCUGUAGAGUUGUUUCCCUCGCCCCAUGGGAGGCCAGCCAAGCUGUGUCCCAGAGCACUGCUCAAGCUGCUGCAGGCAGAGGUACAUUAUCCAACCCGCUACACUCCGCCCCGCUACGCUCCAACCCACUACACUCCGCCCCGCUACACUCCGCCCCGCUACGCUCCAACCCACUACAUUCCGCCCCGCUACACUCCGCCCCGCUACGCCCUGUUCCCCUUCCGCUCCAACCCGCUACACUCCAACCCGCUACGCUCCAACCCGCUACACUCCGCCCCGCUACGCUCCGCCCCGCUACGCUCCGCCCCGCCCCGCUACGCUCCACCCCGCUACGCUCCAAACCACUACACUCCGCCCCGCUACGCUCCAACCCGCUACGCUCCAACCCCCUACACUCCGCCCCGCUACACUCCGCCCCGCUACGCUCCGCCCUGCUACAUUCCACCCCGCUACGCUCCAACCCGCUACACUCCGCCCCGCUACAGUCCACCCCACUACACUCCGCCCUGCUACGCUCCACCCCGCUACACUCCACCCCGCUACGCUCCAACCCGCUACACUCCGCCCCGCUACACUCCACCCUGCUACACUCCAACCCGCUACACUCCGCCCCGCUACACUCCACCCCGCUACACUCCACCCCGCUACACUCCACCCCACUACACUCCACCCCGCUACACUCCACCCCGCUACGCUCCAACCCACGACACUCCACCCCGCUACACUCCGCCCCGCUACGCUCCGCCCCGCUACGCUCCGCCCCGCUACACUCCACCCCGCUACGCUCCAACCCGCUACACUUCGCCCCGCUACACUCCACCCCGCUACACUCCGCCCCGCUACACUCCACCCCGCUACACUCCAACCCACUAA